AUGCUCUGGGUACUCCUCCUGCUCCUGUGCAGCAUCCUGCACAGCUCAGAUCAGAACCAUUUGAGUCUUUCAAACAACUUACCAGACAGAGAGAGUGCUGAACAGCAUGAUUCAGAAACCUAUUCUGCAGAGUUGAGAAAUCUAGAUGAUCCCAGUCUCCAUCACACAGCUGUGAACAAGGGCUCCUGUUCCACCUGGGGCAAUGGGCACUUCUCCACCUUUGACAACUACUUGUAUGAUUUCUCGGGGAAGUGUAAUUACAUCUUUGCCACGGUGUGCAAUGACGUCUCUCCAGACUUCAACAUACAGUUCCGUCGCAAUACAAAUGGGAAAAUGUCAAGAAUCAUUAUUGCGAUAGGACCCAAUGUGAUCAUCGUUGAAAACGGUGUCAUAUCAGUCAAAGAUGUUGGUAUAAUCAAGUUGCCAUAUACCAAGAAUGGAAUUCAGAUUGCACCGUUUGGACGCCUCAUCCGCCUAGUGGCCAAACUGAUGGAGAUUGAGCUUGCUGUUUUCUGGAAUAAUGAUGACUACCUCAUGGUGUUGAUUGAACAGAAAUACAUGGGAAGAACAUGUGGACUGUGUGGGAACUUUGAUGGACAAGAAUUAAACGAGUUCAUGAGUGAAGGUACACUUAUGGACCCAUACAAAUAUGCCGCCUUACAAAAACUGGAUGAUCCUACAGAGAUCUGUCCAUUCGAGCAGGUGCAGCUGGUAGUUCCCAGUGUUCCCCGCCAGAAAUUUGCCAAGGUCUGCUCCCAACUCCUAAACAUCGUGUCUCCAUCUUGCAACAUCUCAAGGAAAGGGUUUAUCCUCCGUUGCCAACUUGACAUGCAAACCUGCAGAGAGCCAGGCCAAAGCAACUGCACUUGUGCUACCCUCUCCGAAUAUUCCAGACAGUGUGCCAUGUCCCUUCAGGAAGUGUCUGACUGGAGGAGCAGUGAAUUCUGCUCAUUGGGAAAAUGUCCAGCUAACCAGAUCUACAAAGAGUGUGGUUCUCCCUGUCUCAGAACAUGUUCCAAUCCGGAAUACAGCUGCUUCAGCUACUGUACCUAUGGCUGUUUCUGUCCAGAAGGAACUGUCUUGGAUGACAUUUCAAGAAACCAAACAUGUGUUCCUGUGAAAGAGUGUCCCUGCAUGCUGAAUGGAGAAAAAUAUGCUCCUGGUGAUACCAUAAAAGCAGCAUGCAGAACCUGUACAUGUACAAUGGGCCAGUGGAGCUGCACAGAACUACCCUGCCCUGGCAGAUGUUCCUUGGAAGGAGGUUCAUUUGUCACCACCUUUGAUUCUAGGCGAUACCGUUUCCAUGGAGUUUGCACCUAUAUUCUUAUGAAGAGUCCCAUGUUACCACACAAUGGAACCCUGAUGGCGGUGUAUGAAAAGUCUGGCUAUUCCAGUUCAGAGACAUCACUGUCAGCUAUAGUUUAUAUAUCAGGAAAAGACAAAAUUGUGAUUUCAAAAGAUGAAGCUUUAACUGAUGAGAAUGAAUUUAAAUGGUUACCUCAUAAAACAGGGGACAUCAUCAUCUUCAGACAGUCAUCUACUUAUAUUCAAAUGUAUACCACCUUUGGGCUGGAGGUAGUAAUUCAAUUGUCCCCAGUGUUUGAAGCUCAUAUUAAAGUUGGACUUCACUUUGAAGGCAAAACUCAAGGGCUGUGUGGCAACUACAAUGGAGAAACCACUGAUGACUUCAUGACCAGCAUGGAUAUUAUUGAAGGAACGGCAUCACUCUUUGUGGAUUCUUGGAGAUCAGGGAAAUGUAGCCCUGCCAUCGAAAGAGAUACAGAUCCUUGUUCUAUGAGUCAAUUGAACAAAAUGUGUGCAGAGACCCACUGCUCUAUUCUUACGAAGAAGGAUACUAUAUUUGAGAAAUGUCAUCCAGUGGUGAACCCGGUUCCUUUUUACAAGAGAUGUGUAUACCAAGCCUGUAACUAUGAAGAAACCUUUCCUUACAUUUGUUCUGCCCUUGGAUCCUAUGCCCGCAUGUGUGCUUCAAUGGGGCUGUUUCUUGGAGACUGGCGGAGUACAGUUGACAACUGCACCAUCUCUUGUACUGGAAAUCAGACGUUUGGCUAUAAUACUCAAGCUUGUGGUCGGACAUGCCUGUCCCUUUCCAUGAGAGCAUUAGAAUGCCACCCCACUGACAUUCCAAUCGAUGGCUGCAAUUGUCCAGAAGGAACCUACCUGAACCACAAAAAUGAGUGUGUCCGUAAAUCCCAGUGUCCUUGCUACUUGAAUGACAGGAAGCUCAUUCUGGCAGAUCAAUCAACUGUCAUUGGUGGAAUUACCUGCUAUUGCUUUAAUGGAAAUCUGAGUUGUACUGGCAAGCCCAUAGACCCAGCAGAAAGCUGCAAGCCUCCCAAAAGAUAUAUUUCAUGCUCAGAAACCUCAGAAAGCAAAUACGGAGCUGCCUGUGCACCAACCUGUCAGAUGCUGGCCACAGGAACUAAAUGCGUCCCCAGCAAGUGUGAAUCAGGGUGUGUUUGUGCUCCUGGACUCUAUGAGAAACUAGAUGGUACAUGUGUGCCUCCUGAGGAAUGCCCUUGUGAAUAUAGUGGCUUCUCAUAUGCAAAAGGACAGGAGAUUCAUACUGAAUGCAAGACCUGUAUCUGCACAAGAGGAAAAUGGAACUGCAUCCAAAAUUCCAAAUGCUCGUCAACAUGCAGCCUAUAUGGAGAAGGUCAUAUCACUACUUUUGACGGACAGCGCUUUGUGUUUGAUGGGAACUGUGAAUAUGUACUAGCUACGGAUGGAUGUGGCAUUGGAGGCUCUCCCCAUACUUUCAAAAUAGUGACAGAGAAUGUCAUCUGUGGAAAUACUGGAGUAACAUGUUCCCGAGCAAUCAAGAUCUACCUUGGGAAUGUGACUAUCACUCUGGCAGACAGAACAUAUACCAUCUCUGGUGUGAAUCCACUGGGAGAAUACUUUAUAGAAGAGAACUCCCUCCACUUGGUUAUUGAGCUCACAAUCCCUGGCAAAUAUGAUAUGAACCUUAUCUGGAACAGGCACAUGAACUUAUUCAUCAAGAUAUUCAGAGGCACAGAGGAUCACAUUUGUGGCUUAUGUGGUAACUACAAUGGGAAUAUACGAGAUGAUUUUGAAACCCGAAGCAGAUACGUGGCAUCCAAUGAACUGGAGUUUGUAAAUUCCUGGAAAGAGAAUCCACUUUGUGGGGAUGUGUCCUUCGUAGCAGAUCCAUGUAGCAAGAAUCCCUAUCGGAAAGCUUGGGCAGAGAAGAAGUGCUCAAUUAUCAACAGUAAUGUAUUUGCUGACUGCCAUCCCAAGGUAUACCGUGUACCUUAUUAUGAUGCUUGUGUCCGGGAUGCAUGUGGAUGUGAUACUGGCGGUGACUGUGAAUGCCUGUGUGACGCUAUUGCAGUAUAUGCAAAAACUUGCUUAGAUAAGGGUGUCUGUAUCGACUGGAGAAGACCGGAUUUCUGUCCUGUCUACUGUGACUACUUCAACAGCCAUCCACAGAGUGGCAUAGGGGGCACCUCCUAUAACCCUGCUAAUGAAUACAAUUGCAGCUGGCAUUAUCGCCCCUGUAAAUGUCUACACAUGCCAACACCAACUGAUGUCAACACUGAAGGCUGUUACAACUGUUCAAAGGAUGAAUAUUAUGAUCAUAAGCUGAAAGGCUGUGUACCUUGUGUCUCAAGCACACCAACACAAACACCUUCCAGCACUACAAAGAAAACAACAAAUACACCUUAUGCUUCAACAAUGUCAAGAAGCACAGUGACAACGAGACCACCAAAGACCACUACCACAAAAACCACUCCAACCACUGAGAUGACAAAGACAACAGAAACACAAACUCCAAUACAAACACCUGCUCAUCUACAAACACCUACACCUGCAACCACGACAGUCGUGACCUCCACAGCAACACCAAAAAUAUCCAGUGAGGUUCCAAGACCAACUCUUACAGUCUCCACAUCUCAACAAACACCAGAACCCAGCAGUAUGCCAAAAACAACUGCAACCAGUUCGUUGUAUACAACAACAAGGGCCACUGGAUCAAGCAUGCCCAGGACCAGUACUAUCUCCACAGUCUCUGUAUUUACCAUCACAGCCUCCACAAUUACACCGCAACCCGUAAUCAAGGAGACAACUACCUCUACUGCCUUUCCCACCAUAUCUACUGCAACAAGCACACACACAAUACAUAGUACAACAGCACCACUAACCUCUCGUUCAUCCACCUUGAAAACAACCCUUACAAUACCUACUAGUUCAACCAUGCCCAGAACAGCUACGUCCACUUCAACCAGUACUCCGGUAACGACACCAACCACCACAACCCGCAGCACUGCUACCCCUGCCACUACAGAAACGACCAAAACUCCAGCCACUAGAACUCCUGCAACUACAGCUACAAAAACCACCCGUGUCUCUACAGCUCCACCAAUAUCUACCAGCAGCAGUUCUCCAAAGACAACACCAACCAGUCCUCCAUCCUCGACAUCCAGAAGCACAGUAACAACACAGUCUAAGUGGACCGGCACACCCAGGACCACUCCUAUAAUCCCAACCAUGACCACCCCAACCAGUACCUCCACUGUAACCAGUACAGCUAGCACAUAUACUCCAACAACCAUAACAACCACCAAAAUUUCUACAACCUCUUCGAACAUAACCACCCCAGUUACUCCAACUGUGUCCUCAGUGGUUACUUCCAUUUCUACCAAUACGCCAACAAACACACCCACCACAUUUUUCACAACUACUAGCCCUAGCACUACACUUAUUAUCAGUACUCCAACCAUUCCUAUCAGCACAGUUUCUACAGAGGCUACCAGUAGUCCUCCAAUAUCCUUACCUUCAAGCACUACUACCACCAAUAUCCCAAUAACUACCUCGACCAGUUCCCUGACAGUUAGUACUGUGACUCUGGAGACUACCUCUGUAUCACACACAUCAAGUAAACCUACCGCUCCCAUCCACAAUACUACAGCAACAAUUGUUCCAACCACCACAGGACCACCGAGGCGAUGCGAACCUGUUGAAUAUGAAGAAACAGUGACUUACAAGGGGUGUGUUGCAAAUGUCACUUUGACCCGCUGUGAAGGAAUGUGUCCAUCAUCAGCAAAGCCGAACAUUGACAAUAUGAUGAUACAAACAGAGUGUGGCUGCUGCAUGCCAAAAACAUACUACAGGAAGGAACUGGAAAUGCCUUGUCCAGACCCAGAAAACCCACAGAAGCCACUGAUUAAAGAAAUCUUAAUCUUUGGUGAUUGUAUAUGCAACUUUAACGGAUGUGCACACUAG